AUGCCUAGCGCCACGGGAUCGAACUGGGAGAAGUACCAGAAAAAUUACGCCGACGACGAGGAGCCCGAGAAGAAGAUCACUCCCCUCUCAGACGAUGAUAUCGCAGUACUCAAGACCUACGGCGCCGCCCCCUACGCGACCGCCCUCAAGAAGCUCGAGAAAGACAUCAAGGACAAGCAAAGUAGCGUCAAUGAGAAGAUCGGCGUGAAGGAAUCCGACACGGGUCUCGCACCUCCACACCUUUGGGAUGUGGCCGCCGACCGACAACGGAUGGCGGAAGAGCAGCCGCUUCAAGUGGCUCGGUGCACAAAGAUUAUUCAGGAUGAAAAGGACUCAGACAAGAGCAAAUAUGUCAUCAACGUGAAACAGAUUGCCAAGUUCGUCGUCAACUUGGGAGAGCGCGUGAGUCCGACAGAUAUUGAGGAGGGCAUGCGAGUCGGUGUCGACCGGAAUAAGUACCAGAUUAUGCUGCCGCUGCCGCCCAAGAUCGACCCCAGCGUGACAAUGAUGACCGUUGAAGAUAAGCCCGAUGUGACCUACGGCGAUGUGGGUGGUUGUAAGGAACAGAUUGAGAAGCUACGAGAAGUUGUUGAGAUGCCCUUGCUAUCACCAGAGCGAUUCGUCAACCUCGGUAUCGACCCUUCCAAGGGAGCUUUGCUCUACGGUCCUCCUGGUACCGGUAAGACUCUCUGCGCUCGUGCAGUGGCCAACAGAACCGACGCAACUUUCAUCCGUGUAAUCGGAUCGGAGUUGGUGCAGAAGUACGUUGGUGAGGGUGCCCGGAUGGUGCGUGAGCUGUUUGAGAUGGCCCGCACAAAAAAGGCCUGCAUUAUUUUCUUCGACGAAAUUGAUGCCGUCGGUGGAGCUCGAUUUGAUGACGGAGCUGGUGGUGAUAACGAAGUUCAGCGAACUAUGCUGGAGCUGAUCACUCAGCUGGACGGUUUCGACUCCCGUGGUAACAUCAAGGUGAUGUUCGCCACUAACCGACCUUCCACACUCGACCCUGCGCUGAUGCGUCCCGGUCGUAUCGAUCGUAAGAUCGAGUUCUCGCUGCCUGACGUUGAGGGCCGUGCCAACAUUCUGCGUAUUCACGCCAAGAGCAUGUCCGUUGAACGGGAUAUCCGAUGGGAGCUGAUUUCACGCUUGUGCCCGAACGCAACCGGUGCCGAGCUGCGCAGUGUAGCGACUGAGGCAGGCAUGUUUGCGAUCCGUGCCCGGAGAAAGGUGGCCACCGAGAAGGACUUCUUGGCGUCAGUGGAGAAGGUCAUCAAAGGCAAUCUCAAGUUCAACUCCACAGCGACAUACAUGCAGUACAACUAG